GGGCUCACUGGCUUGAUGGCAAAGAGGGGCUACACCGCGAGGCAGAGCGGGCACAGCCAGCGGCAGCCAGGUGCUAACCAGCGCCUUCUCUUCUCUCCAGGUGGCUAUAGAUUGCCCUUCGUCAAUGGCCUUGGACCAGGUGGGAUAGGAGCAGGGGUUCUUGCUGGGAAGGCUGGGUACCCCACUGGGACAGGUGUUGGAGCACAGGCGGCAGCAGCAAAAGCGGCAGCUAAAUAUGGAGCCGGUGUCCUGCCUGGGGCUGGCGGCAUCCCAGGGGUGGGCGGCGUGGUGCCCGGUGUCGGUGUUGUUCCAGGAGCUGGAGUGGGAGGCCCGGCAGCGGCAGCAGCUGCAGCGAAGGCAGCAGCGAAAGCAGGAGCCUAUGGUGCAGGGGUGCUGCCCGGGGUCGGAGGUGUCCCAGGUCUUGUGCCUGGUGUCGGCGGUGUGCCUGGCUUGGUUCCUGGUGUCGGAGGUGUCCCUGGGGUGGCAGGAGUUGGGACACCAGCAGGAGCAGCAGCAGCAGCCAAGGCAGCUAAGUAUGGAGCUGGCGUUCCCGGUGUUGGCGUUCCCGGCGUUGGCGUUCCUGGCGUUGGCAUUGGAGGCGUGCCUGGUGUGCCUGGUGUGCCUGGUGUACCUGGUGUGCCUGGUGUACCUGGUGUGCCUGGUGUUCCUGGUGUGGCUGGUGUUCCUGGUGUGGUACCUGGCGUUGGAGGUGAGCAGAUGGGCUGGCAUGAGGGGACAACAUGGUGCCAGCUUCGCCAGUUCCCCUGACACCCUCUCUUCUGU